AAAAAUUUCUCCCCCCUACACAAUUCUUCAAUGGCGCCCUUACCAAUCUCUCCUCUCUCUGUUUUGCUCCUAGUUCUCCUCCCUGCAAUCUCCGCCGACUACGGCGGGUUGCAGUCAGGCCACGCUACGUUCUACGGCGGCGGUGACGGAUCCGGGACAAUGGGUGGGGCUUGUGGGUAUGGGGAUUUGUACAACCAAGGAUACGGAACGAACACGGCGGCGCUGAGUACGGCUCUGUAUAACGAUGGGCUGAGCUGUGGUUCUUGCUAUGAGAUUACUUGCACUAGUGAUCCCAAUUGGUGUCUUCCUGGAAAGAUCAUUGUGACUGCCACUAAUUUUUGCCCGCCCAACUACGCUCUGCCCAAUGAUGAUGGCGGCUGGUGCAACCCUCCUCUGCAGCACUUUGAUCUGUCUCAGCCUGCUUUUCUUCAGAUUGCUCAGUACAGUGCUGGCAUUGUUCCCGUCUCCUUCCGAAGAGUGCCAUGCGUGAAGAAGGGAGGAAUAAGGUUCACGAUCAAGGGGCAUUCAUACUUCAACUUGGUGCUGAUCACCAACGUCGGCGGCGCCGGCGAUGUCCAAUCGGUGUCGAUCAAAGGAUCCAAUACAGAAUGGCAAGCCAUGUCUAGAAAUUGGGGACAGAACUGGCAGAGCAACAAUUACUUGGACGGACAAAGCCUCUCUUUCCAAGUCACCACCAGCGACGGCCGUACCGUCACCAGCUACGACGUCGUUCCGGGCAACUGGCAGUUCGGUCAGACCUUUGAGGGUGCCCAGUUCUGAACAAAUUUCAAGAACUUGAUUAGAAAAAAUAAUAAUAAUAAUAAUUAUUAUAUGUAGGUUAGGUAGAUCUCCGGCCGCCGUCCACAGUGGCUGACUAUUGCCGUGGUGGUUAACUUGCACCCGCUAAGGUCUUUGGGAUUUGAAAACACACAGAUAACUAUAAAUAUAUAGGAAAAUAGUGUGUGUAGAAGAAUUAAUAAGGUUUAGUUCUUACAAAGGGAUUGUCCAUUUAGUUCUCUCAAUUUAUUGAUAUGAGGACAUUGCAUUACUGUUCUUCCCCCCCAUCUUUAAUUUCAAGCCUUCAUUUUUCUCGUGCUAUGUCAUUAGUGAGAAUUAAUGAAUGCUUAAUGUAAUCAGCUAUUGAUUAA